GCUUCUGCAGCCCUUAAUUACUUGUCUGACCACACGCUCGAUUUAGCAAAGAACCAAAAGGUUUGGAGGAGCGUAAGAACGGGCUAAACAAAACCAAUGAGGGGAAGCAAAUGAGGACGAAGAAAACAUCAAAAACCCCAGGAACGGGGCUUCUCUAACCUGACCGCCUGGGCUGCCGCUCAGCUCCAGGAGGACCGGGGUCCCACCCGAUGCGUUCGCUUGUCUUUCUAGGCCUAGAACAGCGCCCGACACCGCAGACGUUUGCGGGGUGAACGCGGUGGCCUCUCAUACCACUCUGAAGGAUGACGCGGGGUGUGCUGGCUGGAAGAUAACACUUCCAGGGGCCCCGAGGGACCCACAGCGGGGCCCAGCCUGCUGUCCUGGGAAGGACCCCAGGCCCCUUUCUCUGCCCUCCCGGGGAAAGGCCAGGACCAGGGCUGUUUGGGAAGCGAGCUCUGUUUUCUCACCCUCACCCUCCGCUGUGACCCCUCUCUCUGGGUCCUUCUAAUCAUGAGGACAGCUGGGCCUGCCCCGCUCAGGCACACACCCGAUUUCACUCAGUUUCCAGGAUGAAGGCAGCAACUAGGACAAAGGAUCAGGCCCCCUGCGGUCGUUCCAGACCAUCUGAUUCCUGACUGAGGGAAUCACUAUCGUGCAGAGGUGGACACCACCUUUCUACGCUUCAGAUUUGUUGUUGUUUAGUCACUCAGUCGUGUCUGACUCUUUUCAACCCCCAUGGACUGUAGCCCGCCAGGCUCCUCUGUCCACAGGAUUCUCCAGGCAAGGAUACUGCAGUGGAUUGCCAUGCCCUCCUCCAGCGGAUCUUGCCCACCCAGGGAUCGAACUCGAGUCUCCCAUCGCUCCUGCUUGGCUGGCGAAUUCUUUACCGCUGAGCCAUCAGGGAAGUCCUGCUCUUCAAAUUACAGCGAGGUUUUUUCUUUUUCCAUCUUAAAGUACCUUGACAACAUUUUUAAACUUUACAAAUAGUUUUUAAGGGUAGGUCAUUUUCAUAAUGUUUAAAAUUUAUAAUGUUUAGCUCUUCCGAUGCGUGCCUGAUCAUGGCGCAGGGGCAGUGCAAGUUCCAGGCGCAGAAGCCAGCGAAGAGCAAGGCGGCGGCGGCGGCGGCCUCGGCGCGGAACCGGCCCGAGGAAGGGCGUUAUCGCGUUAUCGCACCCAAGAAGGCACGCACCGUGCAGCAGCAGCUCAAGAAGAACCUGGAGGUUGGAAUCCGGGAGAAGACUGAACAUGACGUGGUGAUUAAAGCCAGCACCAGCCUGCCCAAAAAGCUGGCGCUUUUGAAGGCCAGCACCAAGAAGAAGGAGGCCUCUUCCUCCACCAAGAUGCCUGCCUAAGGAUGCGCCCCAGCAGGGACCACCACUGCAGACCCCUCCUCUGUGCUCAGGCCUGUGCGGUUAACCCCACAGGAAAGAGGAACUGUGCUCUCCAAAGACUUGAAUUGCACCUCGAACCUGACCGGGGAUCUGGCCCGUGAGCCAGUGAGUAGCAGGUCAAAAGCACACGGACUGGCUGGCUUUCUAGGUGCCGAGGUCUCAGCACAGGCCAAGGCCAGGGGGAUGUCUUCACCGACUUCCUGUGUCCCCACUACCCCCUCCCACAUCCCGUCUGGAUAACUUGGAGCGAGGCACCUGACUUUGUCCUUCCUCCCAGGGUCACAUGCUCCUGUGAGCAGGCCGUGCUGGAGCGUCGGGCCAGGUGCCCAGACCACCCGGCCAGCCCAGUUUACACAUGAGCCACAUGCCCAGGGACGGAUGAACAAGCUCCUGCACCUCCAGCCUGGGGGCUGGGGGAGAGUCUUUUCUUUCUCCCUACCUGGGGUGACUCGCCUGCUUGCCCUCCACGGAUAUCCCUGUGUCUUCCCGUCUGCCGGAGACAAGCCAGAGAGCCUAGGGAGCCACUUUCCCAUCCGCAGGACAGACAGUGACACCACCUUGUAGAGUCAAAAUGCUGAUUAAACCAGAAGCGCUUU